GGUCUAAUCGAUCUGUUUGUCCAAUCAACCAAUCUGAAUGGCUGUAGCUAGUGCUGUCGGCGGGAGUUCAUCAGCUGCUGCCCCUCUAUCUGGUGGGGUUAGAAAGUCGGCAAAAUCGAAGAAAACACAGUCAAUUCAUCCUCCAUAUGGAGAUAUGAUAAAGAAAGCCUUGAAAGAGCUUAAGGAACGCGGUGGUUCAAGCCGCCAAGCCAUUGCUAAAUAUAUAAAGGCCAAUUACAAAGUUGAUGAUCGUGCUGAAAGUCAUCUACGUCGUGCAUUAGUUACUGGUGUUAAGUCGGGCAAGCUUGUUCACACUAAAGGAAUUGGUGCUUCCGGUUCAUUCAAACUUGCGGAUAAAGCUGUCACGCCGAAGAAAUCCUCACGUCCUAAAACUUCGAAGCCGAAAUCCACUCCAAAGAAAAAAACCAGCGAGAAGCCAAAAGUUGUCAAACGAAAAUCAACUGGCAAUCCAUCUAGUAAACCAGUAGCAUCAAAGCCUAAAACAGUCAAACGAAAAUCAGCUGCUAAACCAAAGAAGGCGAAAUCACCUCGUAAACCAAAAACAGUGAAGCCUAAGAAGCCAGUGGCCAAGAAGACUCCGAAGAAAGUUGCCAAGAAGUGAAUGUGGUUUUCUCUAUAUGUUUGUAGUUAAUUUUUCUUUAUUGCUAUAUUACUCACUUGUAUAUAUUUGUCCAUACUUGUCCUGUGUACAUAGACUUUCUUUACUACGACUACUACUAUUACUACUGUCGUGUGCUGCUUGUGAUUGUUCAGAUUGUAUUUUAUUUAUUACUCACAUAUUGAUCAUGAAUAAAGGUGUACUGCCAUCAGUUCA